CCGAUAACGCGGAGUUUCCUUGUCCCGAUAUAAACGCCCAUCCCGCAACGUCAUCAGGACGCUACCCUGUGGCUGGCUCAAUCCCCUCCAGACGGUUGCAAUGCCCGGGUGGCAGCAGAUCUAACCCAGUCCACCGAUCGAGAGCUCCGCUGGCUUGAGGCUUCCCUCAUAGAACACGACAUCUUGACCGCGCCAUGGCCUCCACUGAGCCGAUCCGGUCCAGGGUCACGCCAUACUUGAUCUAUCUCGUGUUUAUCACAACUUUAGGACCACUCCAAUUCGGUUAUCAUCUGGCCGAACUCAAUGCACCCCAGGCUGUGAUUACCUGCGAACGGAGGAGCAUCCAUUCCUCCACCAAGGCACCCUCUCUACCACAAUGCAUCCCAAUGAACGCAUCACAGUUUGGUCUGGUGUCUUCAAUAUACACUCUCGGUGGCCUGUUGGGAGCCCUGCUGGCAGGACCAGUUGCCACCAAGCAUGGCCGCCUGUUCGCUUUACGAGCGACAACCGUCUUUUUCAUCCUCGGGCCUGUGGCUGAGACAUGCGCAUCCAACAUACCUCUCCUGAGUCUGGGUCGGCUGCUAGCUGGCAUUGGUGCGGGUGCUGCGAUUGUCGUUGGUCCAAUCUACAUUUCCGAAAUCGCACCGCCCAGCGCCAGAGGUUUCUUCGGUGCCUUCACGCAGGUGAUGACCAAUGUUGGGAUCCUAUUGACCCAGUCUCUGGGGUACUUCCUGAGCAAGGACAGUAUGUGGCGGAUUAUUCUCGCCGUUGCCGGUUUCAUUGGAGUUUUACAGCUCCUUGGUCUCACCCUAGUCCCAGAAAGCCCCACCUGGCUCGCCGAGCAUCAAAAAGGGAGCCUGGCCAGAGAGGUUCUACAACGGGUGCGCGGAAAAGACGCCGACAUUGAAGAGGAAAUUGAAGGAUGGCCAGCUUCUGCAGGCCCCUCAGAUGGUUCCGGAGAAGAGCAAUCCCUGCUCACGCCACCGUCAGGCAACAUACCACCCAAACAGCCCCCCGUCACGAUCCUACGUGCCGCCACGGACCCCUCCUACCGUCCAGCCAUCAUCGCCGUUGUCGGGGUUAUGGUGGCACAACAGUUCACCGGUAUCAACAGUAUCAUUAUGUACAGCGUUUCUCUGUUACAGAGCAUCCUUCCCACCACCGCAGCCCUCCUAACAGUAGCCAUCUCCGCCAUCAAUCUAAUCAUCACCCUCGCCUGCUCCCCGCUCCCAGACAAAAUCGGCCGACGAUCCUGUCUCCUUCUCAGCAUCAGCGGCAUGGGAUUUAACUCCGUGCUACUAGCUCUAGGCAUAUAUUUCAACCAGAAAGUCCUCUCCGCAAUCGCAGUCCUACUCUUUGUAGCCUGCUUCGCCGUCGGUCUUGGCCCAGUCCCCUUCAUCUUAGCCUCGGAGCUCGUCGGACCCGAAGCUGUCGGCGCAACACAAAGCUGGGCCCUAGCAGCCAACUGGAUUGCAACCUUCGUUGUCGCACAAUUUUUUCCCAUGCUGAACGAUACCCUAGGCGGCCGUGGCAAAAUCUACUGGGUGUUCGCCGGUAUGGCCUGUAUCCUAGGUGGAUUUAUCUACUGGCGUGUGCCCGAAACCAAGGGGAAAGCCUCUGCAGACGAGGUCUGGGGCAGGGACGAUCAUCGAAGACGCGACUGAAUCUAAUGUGCGUAGGUGAACCUGGUCUCGAUACGUAAUGUGUAUUCUUGAGGUAUGGUAUAGUGAGAUGUGUGCACUAUUCUUUCUUAAGGUAUGGUGUCCUAUUGGGGUUCUUUGCUUUUUGGCGCUUUCUUUAUGUCGUACCUUUCGGGCAGAUUGAGAAUUCGUACCUUUUUUUUUAGUUCACUCACUCAUUGGGGACUAUGUUGGGUGUGCGAUAUAAAUGCACUCCUUGCCAAUGGUGACACUCUGUAACAGUGCCCUUGGUA